CAUUUAUUAAUGGAACUGGUAAAAGAAUGUUUGAGUUUUGAAGACCCUCGGCUGAUUGCAGACUCGUGGUCACUGAUUAAAGACGGUCCCUAGACUUAAGUGUGCUGGAGAGCAGUGGGGAGGUGUCCUUCUGAUUGUCAGAGGAGUGCUACAUGCUAAACACUAAAGAAGAGGAGGAUAGCCAUGAGGUGAGAGUCCCUUUUAUGCUAAGACCUGUAGAAUAGAUUCUUAAAUUAUUCUUCCAUAAUCUCGUGAAUUUAAUGAGUCUCUUUCACAUGAAUUUACAAUGGCAGUCCCUGACACUGAGACUGGGCCCAAAUGUUUUUGACAUGGAGAACCAAUAAGGGGCCCAUAUGUAGCACAUGCUGCAGGCACUGCAAGUUUUUCCAGUGUCUGACUUGCUUUAGUCUGAUCCUAGGGCAGUAGAACAUGUUCCUGCAUGGUAUUAAGGCUAUUUUUUUCAAGGCAUUCUAAAGGGAAGAUUCACUUUGAUUUAAAAAAACAAACAAAACAAACAAACAAAAAAAACAGCCUGAUAUGCCCAUGUGUGAAAUUAAAGAAACACUGGUUGAUUUAAUCAUUGUUGCUGCUGUUCAUACUGGCUGCAAAGCAAUCUCUUCCUAAAGUGCUCUGUUUGAGAUUGUGACUGCAGUCCUUUUGUGUGAAAUAACACCGAGGAUCAGCUGAAGCUGACUUGAGGCUCUGUUAAUCAUACUGCAAGGAGUUAACUGGUUAUGAAAUGGCAUCACUUUAAUACUAACGCCUCUAAAAGAACUGCAUAUUCAAAGGAGACCAUCAGUGAAAGGACUGUCUAUUUCUAUAGUUAUCCUAAAAGUCCUAUUUUCUGUGAAUUCAUAACAUUACUUGUCAAAGUUGAUAACCAUAACUUUCUCAACAAAAUUAUAUUUCCUUACAAUUACAAUUGUAAGAGUGUUCUCUUAAGCAACUGGGGACUUGAAAUAUAAUAAAGUACAGCUUUUCCCGCAUAUUCCAAGUCUCCGAUAGCUCCGAGAUCAACUUAAAAAGAUGUUACCGCUGUCCUAUUUUAAACAAAAUGGUCACUGUACCUGCUAAGAUAAAAACGUCAGCAUGCGUCUUAAUUGGAUGCACAAAAUUGACCACGUGUCCAGGGAUUAGUUGUCUAGGAGAAAGCUCCAUCGCCGAUUUGCUGCAACGCUCCAGAAAUGUUUUGUGGGCUAUGAAACUUCCCUGAUUUUCCAUCAUUAUGUGGUUGAAGUAAUAAUGAAAGUAUUUCCAGCUAUGGGUGAACUCUUCCAUUUGCUUCGAAAAGAAACACACAUGCUAGCGAUGUUAAGAUCUUUUACCAUGGGAGGCUGGUGGUGCUCAUACCACUUUUGUCCACAGGGGCCGUCAGAAUGAACAAGAAUGAAAAUUCUUGUUGCUGCUUUAAAGUUGGUCUUUUUUUAUUUCAAGUUUCUCCUUUUUUGCUUUCACGGCGCCCCUUGGUAAGCUGCUGAAUCACAACAGUGAUGCCAAUCAGUAAAUUUGGAAUUGUAAAAUAUUUUAUUUAAAUGAGGAUUUAAUUAAUUUUAUUUUAAAAAAGAUGUGUGCACCAUAUGUGGUGUAUUUAAAAAAAAAAAAAAAAAAAAAAGCUCCAACAUAUUGUGAUUAUUCUAAGGCCUUUGAAUAUCCGUCAUCUGUUUGAUCAGCGCCUACAUGAGUGUCCCACUGCUAAUUGUGAUUUCCCAGUUGAUUGACUGGUGCCACUCCAGCUGCACACACUGCCUGUGAUGUUCUGUUCCAGCAUGUGCUCGCACUCUUUGUCUGGGGCAUUAGGGUGUUAAUGGAUUACCGAAAGGUGUUGACUCAGGUGUGUGUGUGUGUGUGUGUGUGUGUGUGUGUGUUUGUGAGCAUGUGUGCGGAUGAGGGUGGUAUAGAGCUCAGAGGGUGCUGGGAUCUAGUCGAGACACCAAUCUCAAGUUCCCCUCUCCCUGCUGCUACUCGAUCUGUUUCUCACCCCUGCUCCACCCUGCACUGCCUCACUCCUGCACUUUAGUUUUUUUUUUGUGUGUUUUCUCUUUGCAAUGUCUCCUCUUUGCACUGCAUAACAGUUACCCACCCUCAGCAUGGAUAUCGGAGGACUGACCACAGUGGUAGCGAACUCUGCUUACAUCAAUGCCCGUGGAAGCAUCGAUGGCUCUAAUGCAGCGGCCGCUCGGGAUAAGAAGUACCAUUCUCGCCUCAAACUGCCCCACAUCACCGUGUGUGAGGGUCUGAGGGACACCCUGGAUCUGGCCUUUGACAUAGUCUGUGUUGAGCAGCCUAUCGGCAAGCGCCUCUUUAGGGAAUUCUUGGAUGCAAAUAAAGAAUACCACGGAGCUUGUCGUUUGUGGAAAGACAUCGAGGACUAUGACCUGGCGGAGGACUCUGACAGGGCGAAGAAGGCCUCAAAGAUUGUCCAGCGAUACAUGGACCAAUCUGCCAAACACUACUGCCCGUUCCUGCCUGAGGACAUCAUAGCUAAGGUGAAGGAAAGUCAGGAGGCUGCAAGCGAUGACUUGUUCGCUGCAUCGUUGGCCACAACGUUGGACUUUCUGCGGGAGGCCCCGUACACUUUCUUCAUGGAGAGCUUGUACCUGAAGAGGUACUUGCAGUGGAAGUGGCUCGAGAUGCAGCCCAUGGAUGCGGACUGGUUCCUGGACUUCCGUGUGCUGGGGAAAGGUGGGUUUGGGGAGGUGUCUGCCUGUCAGAUGAAAGCCACUGGGAAACUGUAUGCCUGUAAGAAACUCAACAAGAAAAGGCUGAAGAAGAGGAAAGGCUACGAGGGGGCGAUGGUGGAGAAGAGGAUUCUUGAGAAGGUUCACAGUCGCUUCAUUGUGUCACUGGCGUACGCCUUCCAGACAAAAGAGGAACUUUGUCUGGUCAUGACCAUCAUGAAUGGAGGAGACCUCAAGUACCACAUCUACCUGGUGGAUGAGAACAACCCGGGGUUUGAGGAGCCCAGAGCCUGUUUCUAUAUCGCUCAGAUCAUCCAGGGCUUGGAGCACCUCCACCAGAAAAGAAUCAUCUACAGAGAUCUCAAACCAGAAAAUGUGCUGCUAGAUAAUGAUGGGAAUGUGCGUAUAUCUGAUCUGGGUCUUGCUGUGGAGCUUAAAGAAGGCAAAACAAUGACCAAAGGAUAUGCUGGAACACCAGGGUACAUGCCCCCAGAGAUGCUGAAAGGAGAGAAGUACGACACUUCGGUCGACUACUUCACUCUGGGAGUGACGCUGUACGAGUUCAUAGAUGCCAAGAACCCGUUCAGAAACAGAGGAGAAAAGGUGGAACGCGAGGAGAUGAAAGAACGCAUGCUGACGCGGGUGCCGGAAUAUUCCAACAAAUUCAGCGAGAAGGCAAAGUCGCUCUGUGACGGGCUGCUGGCCAAAGAAGUUGAUAAGAGGAUGGGUUUUAAGAACAACUGCUGUGAUGAGCUCAGAGCACAUCCAUUCUUCAGUGACAUCAACUGGAGGAAGCUGAAUGCAGGUAUUCUGCCUCCUCCUUUCGUCCCUGACCCUAAAGUGGUGUAUGCUAAAAGUCUGGAUGAUGUUGGGGCUUUCUCCUCCGUGAAGGGAGUGACCUUGGAGGAUCCCGACAAGACCUUUUUUGAUGAGUUCUCCUCAGGAAACAUCCCCAUCCCCUGGCAGGAAGAGAUGAUCGACAUGGGCAUUUAUGGAGAGCUCAACGUCUGGGGUCCUGAAGGCACCGUCCCGGACGACCUGCGCAGGGAGUCCAUACUAGAGCAGCCAAAGUCAUCAACCUGCUGCACAUCAUAGAGAAAGCGCCAACCAUCCAGUGUACA